UUUUGAAUUCAGUCAUCAAAGUGUGAAGUGGGAUAAAAAAUGAUAUCAUCCAAGAUUCAGCUGCCUUUCGCCACUGCUAACGUGCCACCAAGUCGACUGAUUUUUACCAUUCUCUUGUGCUUACUCGUGUUUUUCGGCCUGGCUAAACUCGUGUCUAUUCCGCUGCGCAUCGAUGACUUUGAUAGCUUUAGAUUGAAUCCGACUCAAGAUGACCAAUUAGGAGGUCAAGGAUUUGGAAAAUCUGAGAUAAACCCUUGAACCCAGUAAUCAUCAAUUGCAAAUUGUUGUUUUGUGCGAAUACAAUUCCACCAUGUGUGGGCGGGACAGA